AUCCUCUGCCUCUCUCUCUCAGGAAAGGCUUCCUCUGAUUUCUCAACAGGAAAGAACUUCGAGAUCGAAGCAUUUUGCGGCGAUUUUGUUACAAAUCCGUGGAAAACAGGAUUUUCACAUGGUAAGCAUGGAUGGAGAUCUUCUUAACAUAAAGAAGUGGAUGGUCUUUUAUCCUAUUUAUAUAAAUUCAAAGAAGACAAUAGCUGAAGGGCGCCGGAUUAGUGCAAGUAAUGCAUGUGAAAAUCCUACUUGUAUGGAGAUUGCGGAUUGCUGCAAGUAUCUAAAGCUUCCAUUUGCAAUUGAGGUUGACAAGGCAUAUCCACGUGACUUCAUGCAGAGAGGGAGGGUGAGAGUACUGCUUAAAUAUGAAGAUGGAACUUUGUAUAAUCCAACAAUAAGUUCAAGGAAACAACUGAUGCUCAAGGUUGCCGAGUUAGUCCCAAAACACCCUGGCAGGACCACGAAACAGGAGCCUUCAGUGACUUCUACUUCAGGAACUUCCAAGGCAGGGAAGAGUGGAAGAAGGAAGAAAUGAUAUACUGGUUCCUCAAAUGAUGGAGGGCAUCUUCUGCCUGUUGCUUUGCAUUGAAAUACAGGGUUUUACAUUCAUGGUGCAGGAACUUCUGAGGCAGGGAAGGGUGGAAGAAAGAAGAAAUUAUAAUUGGUUUCCCAAAUGAGGUCUUAAGGACGUAGUUGGCUUUUUGCUUUUGCAUUGAAACACAUGGUAACAUUCAUACUAGGUUUUGAAUUUCUCAACAAAAUUGAUCAUUUUCUUCUUC